CAAUAACAUAGAAGCCAUUUUUCGGUCUAACGGUUUUCAGGAAACAGCUGUAAUACGAUGGACACAUCUUUCUACUUUGAAGUGUUCAAAAAUUGUGUCACGUGUUGCCAUGAUUACAGCGCGACUACUAUAUACAAACAAAUACUGUAUCCAGACAAAAUUAAACGACACUACCUAUAAUAGUGUGUUAUGAUCUACCUAGCUGUACUAUUACUAUCAGUUGUUUUGAAUUUUUUUUUGAUCAUAUUAUACCUAUACAGACUUACAUGAAUAUGGUUAUACUAUAAAUAUUUAUAGUUUAUAACACAAAAUAAAAUAUAAUCUAUUUGAAUUCGUUCAUUUAGUGGUUUUUUUUUUUUUCAUUAAUUUAUUAAUUAUUGUUGUUUUGUUCAAUAAGCUGCUGCGCUAUUUACACAAUGUCUACACCAGAAGACAACAAAAACUCGUUGGAGGAAGAUUUAAAUUCAGGAGAAAAAUCUGACACGAUCGAAAAUGACUUGCCAUUAGAAAAACUUUUGAAAUUAUCAAAAUCAUUCAAGACUGGCAUUGAUGAAAAUUUGAAUAAAUUCAAAGAUGAAAAAAUGUCCAUGGUAAAUGAAAUGUCUAGUAUGAGUUCUACAGUAAUACCAAAUGAAAAACAUAUCGAAACAAAUGAUUUUUCUAAAAAGCAAUCACAGAAUAAAUACAAUAAGGAGGAUUCCGAAAAUUUUUUAUUGGAAGAAAACUCUAAAACACUUAGAGUUUUAGAACAAGAAUUUAAAAAUGUAUUAGCUUCCUUUGGUGUGCAACACAAUAAAAAUGAAAUUAAACAAGAUCUGCAGGAAAAAGAAAACAAUCAUAUUAUGUGCACACCAUCUCGACAAAACAAAAUUGGCGAACUACAUCCAAUGAUAAACUUUGAUCAAACUAGUGAUGAAAAAACGAAUUAUAUUAAGAAGAUCCUCGAAGUAGAAAAUAAAUGCCAAUAUUGGAUGGACAAAUAUGAUGAAUUACACGACAAAUAUUUGCUACUGGAAUCCAAACGUAUUCGCAUCGAAAAAGAAAAUUGUAGUUAUCAGAUGGAAAUUUCAAGAAUUAAGAUGAUUGAAAAUGAAAAUUUGCAUCUAAACCAAGCAAUAGACAAAUCGAAUCGAGUUCGUAAGGAAUUAGAAGUUGCACUAGAAUCGUGCCAUGAAGUUGUUUAUAAAUAUCAGACAGACGUGGAUGUCGCCAGAUACAGAGUUAAAGAAGCAAUUGAAAUGGUAGAAAAAACAUAUUCAGAAAAAGAUAAACUUUUAACGGAUUUAAAAAAUUCAAAUGAAAAAAUUGUCAAAUUAGAAAAUGAGAUUACAAAUUUAAUACAAGAAGCCGGUACAAAAGUCAACUUAGAAGUGGAAAAGGUGAAAACAUGUUACAAAGACAAAUUACGUGAGGCUAAUGUUGAAAUUGAGUUUCUACGUACGGAAAAACAAAUUAUGUUUAAUAAAACCGAACAGAUAUCUAAAGAGUAUGAAAUUAUAGAUAAGAAAUAUAAAUCUAUCAGUCAGAAGUGCAAGAAUGAACCAGACUCUAAGAAAUUGACAAUGUUUUCCCAACAAAUUAAAGAGUAUGAAAACACAUUCAGCAAUUUAAUAGCAGAUAUUGAAAUUCUUAAAGAAACAAAUAGGAAACUACAAAAGAGUUACGCGAGAAAAAAAAAUAAAUAUGUAAUGGAAAUAGCGUUUUUAAAGGAUACAACAAAAUCACUAGAAAAUCAUUUAAACAAAGCAAUAAAUGAAAUAUCUGAAAAUAAUGGAAUCAUUUUGGGAGCAUCAGAUAGAAUAAAAACACUGGAAUUGGAAAUUAGUAAAUUGAAACGACCAGAAGACAAUUUUGAACAAAAAGAAACUCAAAUUAAUGAACUUAUUAAACACGUAGAAGCACAAAAACAAGUGAUGGAGAUGUGGAGAAAUGAAAUGCACAAUAUGAUUGAAGGAUUUAAACAAAAAAUCAAUCAACUAAAAUAUCACUGCUGUAAACUUUAUAAAAAAAAUAGAAAACUAAGACGAAUAAUAAAUAAUUCAAAAUUUAGUUCUAAAUAUUCGAUUAUCAAAAAAAAACAAAUUCGCAAUAGAAGGAGGAAUAAAAAAUUAAAUAUUUCAUCAAUGUCAACGCCAUGUAGUUCUCUGUGAUGGAUAAUAUGUUAUUAUGUUGUUAUGUUAUGUUAUUGAUAUUAUGUUAUUAUAAAUAAAAUAUUAAAUUGUUA